ACCCGUAACAGUAAAAUUCCAACAUCUUGAAUUUUUCGACCGUUGAUGUUACUCUCACUUCGGUACUGUUACGGCAGCCGAAUCGAGCAACGCGAUUGGUCGAACCAUAUUGUUGUUAUUACAGAAAGUAUGUGUGAUGUGUAUGUGUAUUGUGUGUCAACUAGCCUAACAUUGUUUUCAAUUGUUUCAAAGAAAAAUCUUUUAACGUUAAUAUCUUAUCUUUAGAAUAUAUAUGUAUAUAUGUAGUAAAAAAACGAUUACAUUAUUUAGUUUCUCUAUCGCUUUGACUUUUAUUGUUCUGAAAAUACAAAUAUUUCAUUACGAUAAAGAAAUUGAUAAUAGACCAUAAAACGAACGAAAGCGAGCGAGGUAAUACUAAUAAAAUUCAUUUAAUCAAUUUUUCUUACUUUUGUAAUAAUUACGUUCCUAGCAUGAAAAAAGAAAAGAGGAAAGAAAUUAAGUAACGUUAACGUAAUCGGUCAUCGCAUAACUCGCAUAAACGGAAUGAUAAUUUUACACAAUGAGUAGCAUUCGAAAAAAAGAAAAAAAAGAAAAAAACAAAAGAGGAAAAAAGAAAUGUAAAUCUUAUAUCCAAACAGGUCAUCCAUCUUCGGACGAUAAGACAGAAAACCGAUGGAUUCGAAACCGGUUUAUUUCAUCGCUUAUGGGAGAAAAAGAAAGAGAAAAAGAGAGAGAUAGAUAGAAAAGAGAAAGAGAGAGAUAGAAACUAUUACGUUUAUAAAUAGAAAUUAUAUAAUUGAAAACUAAAUGUCUUGUCAAGGUCCAACAUUUCGUUUAACAAUAAUGAAUUCAGGUAUUGUUUACGACUUGUUUGGAUUAAAUAAAUAAUAAUAAUAAUAAUAAUAAUGGCGAUGAGAAUGACGAUGAUGACAAAAACGUUGCCGCGAGCCUGGCACGGUAAUGGCGAGGGGUGACGGUGGGGAGUCUCUUUUAAUCAUGCACAGCCAGGGCCAAUGAUUCAUACCCAGUCGCAUCACAUUUGCUUUAACGUUUACGUUGGUCACGCCGUAGUCGUCGCGAAACCUCGUGAUUACGGAUAAUAUCCAUUCUAUUUAUUUAUUUCCUUUAUUUCUUUCUUUCUCUCUUAUAUCGUACCUUUAGAAAGAACACCUUUGUAACAACCAACCAAAACUACAAUAACUACAACACCACCACCAACACCAACAACAACAACAACGAUAACAACAAUAACCAACAAUCAACAACGUCAUACGUGUUUAACCCAAUCGAAUAAUGUAUUGCGUGCGAUCGUUACGUACUACACAACGUAUUCGGCAAUGUAUUUCACGGGCGAACAUCUGAUCGUGCGUCGCGUAUUCGGUUACAUAUGCAUGCAUUGAAAUCAACGGUGCAAACUGGUUACUAUUUCGGCUCUCGAAAACAUCAAAAUGCCAUUAUAUUCGAGAUCGAACAACUAUGCUUCGAAGCUAGUGAUCGUUCUACAGUUCACAGCUUGGAUCUCAGUUGGCAUAGUUCUUCUUCAAAAAGGCGUAACCUCCUUGCGAAGUCAGUCCACGAUAGAAACAAAAGGCGAUAUGCAGGAAAGAAACGAUGCGACGAUCAGAUACUUAAAUGAUAAAACGAAGAGAACGGCGGAUAAAGAUGAUAUUUCUAACGAUAUUACGAAAUAUAAAAAAGAUUUAACCGUCAAUUUGAAAUUAUAUCAGGAAAAGGAAAACGAUAUGUCACAAAGAUAUUGGAAUCGACGUUCGAAUGAACGUAAUAACGUUGAAAAUAAUAUUAUGGAAGAUAUUAACGAUGAGCAUUCAAUUACAAAGAAAUUGAACGUACUCGGGCAAGAAGAAAAAGAAGAAGAAAAAGAGGAAAAAGAAGAAAGAGAAAAAGAGAAAAAAGAAGAAAGAGAAAAAGAGAACGGUUUGAUUAAUUCAAGUGAAACGAGCACGCAACGUGACGUCUAUAAUUCGUCAUAUCAGUCGAAUAAGACCGAAGAUUACGAUAGUACCGUCCUUGAUCCCUCUAAAACGUUAAGUUCGACUGCAACGUCUAAUAAUUCGGGAAAGGAAAAAAAAAUACGUACUCGUUUGAAUAGUGGCGGUGCUGCGGCCGCCAUUGCUAUGGUCGCUGUUGGUGCUGCUAUGCUCGUAGUCGGACCUAUGGUCAUCGUUUUACGUGCUCUUGAUAAAAGACGACAAGAAAGGAGAUAUUUAAAAUCAUCGAGGUGGGACGAUCAACCGCCUACUUAUGAGCAAGCGACAUUAAUGAACGAAGUUCCGAGAUAUUCAACCUUAAAUUUAAAUGCCGUCCAUAAUUCCCGCGCUCCGUCCACAUCUUCGCGUCCAAUCGCAACUUCCUUUGAAAGAUCUCCUUAAGUUAAUUUAUUUUUAUAUUUCAUCGAUGCAUAUGCGUGAUUUUUUUUCUCGUAUGAAUUGAGAUCUUUUUCUUUUCUUUUUUUUUGUUUUUUAUGUCCUUUUCUUAUUUGUUUUUUCCUUCUC